AGAUCAGUGGAAGAGAUGACAGUUGAUAUCAAUGAGGAAAUGAAAGGAAAGUUACAGAAAACAAAUGCAAAUAAUUCAGGUUGGGCCCCACCCCUGGGAGAUAAGAGACAGAACUUGGAUAGAGUUGGAGUCAGUCAGACCUACAGGACUGUCUCUAUGGGGGCCAUUGUGCGUAGGCGCUCUCUGAUUGGCGCCAUGUUGGUUUCAUUGGUCAUAUUUGUCACCAGAAAUGGGAUCCUCUAUCGCAAACCAAUAAAACAUGAACCAGUAAUGCCCGACUAUUUGACUAGGGAGUCUGCCACUCUCAGUGAUGGGCAAAACACUUACCACUUGAACAUGUCCCAGUUCCAAUCUGAUUUUCCCCACCUUCAAACCUAUAAAUGCUCAGUCAAGCUCACCCCACAUAGGCAACAAAAGAUGGGGAACCCCAAACCAGUGCUUAUGAUGGCUAUGAAAUCCCACCCCAGGUCUACUGCAAGAAGACAGGCAGCGAGGAGAACCUGGGCUCGGGAGGAAGAAGUGGAUGGAUUCUGGGUGAAACCAAUCUUUCUGAUAGCCAAAACAGAGGUAUCUGGGCAAAUGGAACUGGUUGCUCUGGAGAGCCGAGAGUUUGGGGACAUUCUCCAAUGGGACUUCAAUGAAGGACAUCACAACUUGUCUCUGAAAGAGCGAUGCUUCUUGGAAUGGCUGGAUUCUGAGGUCCCAGAGGUGAAAUUUAUAUUCAAAGGUGACGAUGAUGAGUAUGUGAACCCAAGGACUGUUGUUCGUUAUGUCAAAGAGCAUGGCUCCUCCCCUCUCACCCUUCACGGCAAUCUCUGUGCUAACUAUGAAGUCUUUCGCUUUACGAAGUACGCCAUCUCCAAAACAUUGUACCCCAAUGACAAAUACCCCUCUUUCCUAUCUGGAGGAGGCUUUCUCUUCCCAGGAACAUCUGUGAAGUACCUCCAUGAGGCUGCUCAGAAGAUCCCAGUUUUCCCAUUGGAUGAUGUGUACUUUGGGUUCCUAGUAUUGGCAGCCAACUUGACAUACAGACACGACAGUCGAUUCUAUGUACUUGGGCUGACAUUUAAUGCGUGCAAGUACCAAGAGGCCCUGGUGGUACAUGGGAUAGAGCCUGAGCGUCUCAUUCAAAUAUGGACAGAGGUGCAGAGAGCACAGUGCCAGGGUGGGCAAAGCAGAAGGUAACAUGUCCAUGAAGAAUAUAUAAGAGUAGGUGCUAUUUACAUAACUAAGAGUAACCUUUACACCUGGUCUACUUCUUCUAGCAAGUUAUACAGGCAAGCUUGCUUUAAAAAAUAGCAAAGUGCUGGGUGCAAGUGUGUAUAUAUAUAUAUAUAUAUAUAGUUCAUGUGCCAAUGUGGUGGCAAGGUUAAAGCAAUAAAACAAUAUUGAUAUGUGAAACUAACUGUUUAAAGGCAAUAGAUACAUCAUAAUAAAGAAGUAGAAAACAAAAGGCUCAUUUACAAACGCCUUUAUGAAUUGCCCUGCUUUAAAUGCCAUUCAUGUCCUACUUCGUUCAUGUGCCAAUGUGGUAGUACGGUUAAACCAAUAAAACAAUAUUGAUAUGUU